UCACCCUAUCUUCCCAUUUCAAUGGAGCAUUUCUUGUUUUUUCCUUUGUUCUUCUUCACCCUUUUCAUUGGGCUUCGUUACCAUUCCUUUCUCUCUCUCUCCCUCUCUCUCUCACACACACAGAGUAGUCUCUUUCUCUCUCUAAAAACCUAUCAUCGGAUCUGAGUUCCCACGGGUAACCCAUCUCCCCUACUGAUAUUGUUGACAUACUCACAAACUCCCAUUUUCGUUUUCACUCUUCACCGGUCACUUUCAGUCACACAGAGAUAUACAUUACUCUGUUUGACGAAGUGGUGUUCAAGAUUUGGCCAUUAAAGCUAUUGUUGAGCUGAGUUGUGAGCUGGAUCUGAGUAUUCUUGGAAGGGGUUGAGGUGAUUUUGGGGGAAUUUUCCUACAUACCCACAAACUCCCAUUUUCGGUUUCACUCUUCACUGAUCAAUUUCAGUCCAUUUGACGAAAUGGGUGUUGAAGAUUUCACCAUUUAGAGCUACUUUGAGCUCAGUUGUGAGGUGGAUCUUAGUAUUCUUGGAGGUGAGGUUGGUGUGAUUUUGGUGGCAUUUUCAUGGGAAUGCCUCCAUUUGGAGGAGAAGAAUGAGCAAAGCAAGAGAAGAAGAAGGCGAGAACGAGUGGUUUCACGAUUCUCUUGAUCGUUUGCUCUCUUCUGCAAACACUUCUUGUUCCUCUUCUUCUUCCCCUUCCGAAGACGAAGGAGAGGAAGAUAUAGAUUGUAUUUCAAAUAGGGGUUUCUCCAAUUAUGCAAUGGGAGUUUCGAAUAACUAUGAUGUGUGGAUCUCUGAACCUUCCUCUAUUGAAGAACGCAGACUCCGGCUUUUUCGUCAAAUGGGUCUCAGCAAAUCGGUUUCAUCAGUUCAUUUGAAGUGUCAAGCUGUUUGUGCUGAAGGUUUACCUGAUUGUAGUAGUUCCCAAGCUAGUAGUGGUAAGUGUAGUGUUUCUGGGACCGUUCGAUCAAAAUUGGAUGUCGAUUUCAAUUGCUAUAAUUUUUCUUCAGUUCAUAAAAGUAGUGAUAUUCCUUGUGUUAAUUCUAUUUCCUCGUCAUCAGUAUCUGUCAAUGUAGCCAAUGGUGGUAACUGUAUAGUUGUAAAUAAUGAUGAAAACUCGGGUCAAAGUCACGGUGAUGAUCAAUUACAUGAGGGAAAUGGAUCUGCAUUGAUGAUUAGAGCUGAUUCCAGGGACAAUGAGAGUUGUAAUUUGUUGCCGGUAGUGGAAAAUGGUGGGUUUGGGGAUGAUUCGGAAUCAAAUAGAGAUGUUGAAAUUGAGGAGAGCGUGUGCACGAUAAAGAAUCUUGAUAAUGGAAAGGAGUUUGUGGUUAAUGAAGUGAGGGAGGAUGGGAUGUGGAACAAACUUAAGGAAGUCAGUACAGGAAAGCAGUUGACUAUGGAAGAAUUUGAUGUGUGUGUUGGAACUUCACCAAUUGUUCAAGAAUUGAUGAGAAGACAGAACGUGGAAGAUGGGAAUAAUAAUAAUUUUGAUUGUAAUACGAAUGGGAUUGGUGGGUCUGGGAUUAAGACUAAGAAGAGAGGAAGCUGGCUGAAGAGCAUUAGAAAUGUGGCUAGCUCGGUGAAAGGUCAUAAGGAGCGGCGGAGUAGUGAUGAGAGGGAUACGUCUUCUGAAAAGGGUGGCCGAAGGUCAAGCUCUGCCACAGAUGAUAGUCAGGAUGCUUCCAUACAUGGACCUGAAAGAGUUAGGGUGAGGCAGUAUGGGAAGUCCAGCAAAGAACUUACAGGUCUUUAUAAGAGCCAAGAGAUACUGGCACACAAUGGGUCUAUUUGGACCAUACAAUUUAGUUUGGAUGGAAAAUAUCUUGCCAGUGCUGGUGAGGACCGCGUCAUACAUGUUAGGGAGGUUACAUCAUCAGACAGAAAAGGUGAUCUAUUGCUGGAUAAACCAGAAGAUGGAAAUUUGAAUCUAUUGCUUUCGGCAAAUGCAUCUCCAGAGCCAACUACUAUGUCACCAAAUUUUGAUGGCCACUUGGAGAAGAAAAGAAGAGGAAGGUCAUCUGUAAGUCGAAAAUCAAUGGGUUUUGACCAUAUUUUGGUGCCAGAGACAGUUUUUGUGCUUUCAGAAAAGCCUAUCUGUUCAUUUGAGGGCCAUUUGGAUGACGUGCUUGACCUCUCGUGGUCCAAGUCUCAGCAAUUGCUCUCAUCAUCAAUGGACAAAACAGUGCGGCUUUGGGAACUGUCUAGCAAAUCUUGUUUGAAAAUCUUCUCGCACAGUGACUAUGUAACCUGCAUCCAGUUUAACCCUGUUGAUGAUAGAUACUUCAUCAGUGGCUCCCUAGAUUCUAAGGUUCGCAUAUGGAGCAUUCCUGAGCGGCAAGUUGUUGAUUGGAAUGAUCUGCAUGAGAUGGUCACUGCUGCUUGCUAUACACCAGAUGGUCAGGGGGCACUUGUUGGAUCAUACAAGGGGAGCUGUCAUUUGUACAACAUAUCAGAUAAUAAAUUGCAGCAAAAAGCUCAAAUAAAUCUGCAGAAUAAGAAGAAGAAGACUCACCAAAAGAAAAUUACUGGUUUCCAGUUUGUGCCAGGAAGUAUGUCACAAGUGCUUAUAACAUCUGCAGACUCAAGAAUUCGGGUUGUUGAUGAUGCUGAUCUUUUUCACAAGUUCAAAGGUUUCCGCAAUACGAGUAGGCAAAUCUCAGCAUCUAUGACCGCUGAUGGUAGAUAUGUGGUCUGUGCCAGUGAGGAUUCACAUGUCUAUAUCUGGAAACACGAAGGUGACUCUCGACCAAGCAGAAAUAAAGGUGUUACUGUUACACAAUCUUAUGAGCAUUUUCAUUCUCAAGAUGUUUCAGUGGCCAUUCCUUGGCCUGGCAUGUCAGAUACUAGGAAAUAUCAUACUUCAUCUUCUGGGGAACAAAGUGGUCAUGAUGGUCUCGACGAGGUCUCCACUGCUAACCAUCCACCUUCACCUGUUGAAGAGAUUGGCGUCGAGUGCUCGCCAUUGACUUCAGGCUGUGGUAACAGUCCUCUUCAUGGAACCAUAUCUAGUGCCACAAACAGUUACUUUUUUGAUAGAAUCACAGCAACAUGGCCCGAGGAAAAACUUCUCUUAGCUACGAAAUAUCGUAGUCCUCGAGUGAGUACAGAUGCUAGUAUCGACUUCUCCAAUGGCUUAACUCAAACAAAGUUCUGCUGGGGUUUGGUCAUUGUAACUGCAAGCCACCGAGGGGAGAUCAGGACUUUCCAAAAUUUUGGCUUACCAAUACGGAUUUAAGGCACCAACAAGAAGGUCCAAGCCUCUAGAGCAUUGCUCAAGAUGCCACAGUACACAGCUACAACCAAGUUUACCAAAUUUGUACAGAUAGAUAUGUAAUAUAAGUUUUUUUUCCCUUUCUUUUGUAUCAAAACUUAGAUAAGGAAUUGUGAAGGGGGACAAAAGAUCUAUAAUGAUAUGAGGAUAGUACGAUGAAAAGGAAAAAAAGAAGGUACAUCUUUGUUAGUAAAGGGAUAGUUUGUUUUCUGUAAUCAGCAAUUGUAGAGUUGGAAAUCUUGUAAUUUCAUGAGUUGAAGCAAAAUUCUUUGGAAAUUCAUUCAAACUUCAAGUAGGAUUUGUAUA